AUGAGCUUCAUUAUUUCCUUGGGCAUUGGAGCCUUGAGAAACUCAAGGGGAAACCUAUUCAAAACUUCCAAAGUGGCAUUGCAAGCGUUCAAACCACAGCGCCAAACUAUCCGUUCAGUGAAAACUUCAACCGUUGAUUGGAAACCCAUCAAAUCGGGGACCACUGAUUUGGCUAAGAAGGAGCACCAGGUUAAACAUGCUAAAGUGCGUUAUUUUUUUCUUAGUUUGAUGAUCGCCAUGCCCGUAGUGUCGUUUAUAUUAGGAUGCUGGCAGGUACAAAGACUUGACUGGAAGAGUAAGCUCAUUGCCAGAACUGAAAACUCGUUGACUUUACCCCCACUUGAGGAACUUCCAGCUGAUUUGGAUCCCAAUGUGAUACCCGAGUACGAAUAUAGAAAAAUUAAGAUCAGGGGCCAUUUUGAUUACGAGCAAGAGAUGUUCUUGGGCCCCAGGAAGAGACCCGACGGUGAGUUGGGGUACCUUGUGGUGUGUCCCUUUGUUCGUUCAAAUGGUGGGAAGCCCAUACUUGUUGAAAGAGGAUGGAUAUCCAAGGAGAAGAUCGUGCCUUCAACUAGAUCCAGUGGAUACCUUCUGCACUUGGCCCUCCCCAAGGGCGAGAUCGAGAUAGUAGCAAUGUUUAGAGUAAUGCCACCCAGGUCAUACCUUCAAUACUCGCACGACGAAGGUUCAAGGUUGUUCUUCAUUCCAGAUGUGGCUGCUAUGGCUGCGCAGAGUGGUGCCUUGCCAAUUUACUGUCAAGCAGUGUACGAUAUGAGCGAUCAUCCGGAGUAUAGAAGAAACAAUGAGAAAUUGAAUGCGUCAGAGAAGGGUGGACAGGGCGGAAGCGGGUGGUUCUUCUCCAAGGGUAAAUCAACCAGCACGCCCGCUGAAAACAUGUCUAGCUUGCACGACGAUACAGACUCGACGUUGGAGUAUCUUCAAUCUGAAUUUGUUAAUGAAGGUGUGCCAAUUGGUACCGUUCCAAAGGUUGGGUUCAAGAAUAACCACUUGCAGUACUUGGUAACGUGGUUUGCACUCUCGUUCUUCAGUGCUGGGUUAUUGAUCUACUCAUUGGCUAAGGGCCGUAGUUCCCUGGCUGACAAGGUCAUUGCAGCAAAGAGAACGCAUAUGAAGAAGAUGGAAUAA